AUGCAGAAGUCUCGGACCAUUCAGUCGACCCUCGGGUCACGGGCUUUUGCCCCCAUCCCACGCGUGCAGGUUCAGUUCCAGCGCCGCAACAUCCAGGACGUUGCCAUUUCCCGCACCGGUCGACCUAUCCUGAAGGUCCAGGGUCACACUGCGACUGUCUUCGGUGCCACUGGCAUGCUCGGUCGCUACAUCGUCAACCGCCUUGCUUCCCAGGGAUGCAACGUCGUGGUUCCUUACCGAGAGGAGAUGGCCAAGCGUCACUUGAAGGUUACUGGUGAUCUCGGACGUGUUACCUUCCUUGAAUACGACCUGCGCAACACCCAGUCCAUCGAGGAGAGUGUCCGUCACUCCGACGUUGUCUACAACCUUGUCGGUCGCCAACACCCCACAAAGAACUUCUCCUACACCGACGUUCAUGUUGACGGCGCGGAGCGCAUCGCUGAGGCUGUCGCCAAAUACGAUGUUGAUCGCUUCAUCCACGUUUCUUCCUUCAACGCCCGCCGCGACUCGCCCUCUGAGUACUGGGCCUCCAAGGCCUGGGGUGAGGAAGUUGUCCGCAACAUCUACCCUGAGACGACCAUUGUUCGCCCCGCCCCGAUGUUCGGAUUCGAGGACAACCUUCUUCACAAGCUCGCUCGCUUCACCCACGUCUUCACUUCCAACAGCAUGCAGGAGCGCUUCUGGCCCGUCCACGUUGGACACGCCCUUGAGCUGAUGCUGCACGACGAGAGCACCGUUGGCCAGACCUUCGAGCUUUACGGCCCCACCAACUACUCCAUGGCCGAACUUUCCGAGCUUGUUGAGCGGGAAAUUUUCAUCGCCAAGCCCGCCGCCCACUACCUGAACAAGGCUCUCUGGUUCCCCACCGUGUCCGCCGAUGAGAUUGAGCGCGAGUUCCACGACCAGGUCAUUGACCCCACGGCCAAGACCUUCAAGGAUCUGGGUAUUGAAAAGACUCCCGAGGUCACCGAUAUGAUUUUCGAGUACCUGAAAGGUUACCGUAAGUCCGCCUACUACGAUCUGCCUCCCAUGACCGAGAAGGAGCUCCAGGAAGAGAAGAAGUAUGUCCACGUGCUGGACAACCAGUAG